AUGCGUCCCCGAACCCUCAUCCUCCCCCUCGUCCUCCUCACCCUCCUUCUCAUCGCCAUCCUCCGCCUUGUCGGCUUCAUCCACCUCUUCUUCACCCGCGCCGGCGCCGGCGCCCUCACGCAAGAACAGAUCCGGGACGCGCAUCUCGCGAGUUUGGGCGCUCACGAUGGGAGGAAGAUGUUGAUUCCCAAGAUCGUGCAUCAGGUUUUUCAUGAUUGGGGACAUGUUGGUGAAGGGAGAGAGGGGAAUGAAACGAUGCCGGAGGAUUGGGAGGAAGUGAGGAGGGGGUGUGUUGAGAGGAAUGGGGGGUGGGAGUUUAUGCUCUGGACAGAAAUUAAAUCGAGGGAGUUCAUUAGGGAGAAUUAUCCCUGGUUUUUGGAUACGUAUGAUGGGUACCGAUUCCCGGUUCAGAGGGUGGAUACUGUGAGGUAUUUUUUGCUGAGGCAUUAUGGGGGGAUUUAUUUGGAUCUUGAUAAUGGCUGUCUUACGAACUUAGAACCGUUGCUUUAUUACCCCGCUUGGCUCACAGACGGUGGCCGCGGCGCCCUCUCGAACAAUAUCUUAGCCUCCACUCCCAUGCACCCCUUCUGGGUCCUCCUAACCGACUCCCUCAUCCCCUACAACUACAACUACCUCUUCCCCUACAUCACCAUCUCCUACGCCUCGGGCCAAUGGUUCGAGACCGCGAUCUGGGAACGCUAUCACGGUUCUAAGAAAACGAUGAAAGAAGAAGAAAAGGUGUAUAGGAUCAUGAUGGAUGAUCGAGUCCAGGAUCGCGUCGGAGAGGGGAAAUGGGUCUUCUUUACGCAGGAGAGGGGCGGGACGUGGGUUAAUUGGGAUAAUAGGUUGUUUCUGUGGGUGGGGGAUCAUUUGGUAUUGCUGGCGGUGGGAGGGGUGGUGUUGGGUGGGGGUGGUUGUUGGAUGAACUUUCUUUCAGUGGUCGAUGAGAGAAUUGCUGAGGGUUGGUAUAUCCUCAAGUCCGUGUGCUUACUUACCUACCGGACUUUCAAGAAGCAAGCUCCUGAGUCUACACAACUCCAAUUGAACACAUACCGUAUUUAA